CAACCCUCGACAGUAGAUAAAACAGUCGCCUUGCCGGACCUCUCUGCCAUUUUCUAUCGAGCAACACUUGAAGACAUACACCUCGUAACUCACCAAGUGGAAAUCUGUGCGAGUAUUCAGAACACCAUCAAGACUCUUUAUGGGGGUCCUUUUCGUGUUUCUCUCCGUGGUGGUGGCCAUGGUUGCUGCCUCCGCCUCUGGUAAUGAUCAACCCGACCAGAACCUCACAGAUGCGCACAGUUCCGUCAUUGAAUGCAACCAGCUCUGCUCAGUUUCAUCCCUGAACUCAAAAAACUUCACGGCCGCUCAUGUGCAUGGAUGCCAGUGUUCGACCGAGCUGAAAGAGAUGACAGAUUUGCUGAAGGACGUGACUAAAACCCUCGAAAGAAUACAUCGUCGGCCGCGUCACUGCAAGGACCAUCUGGAGGACGGGGAUGGACAGAGCGGCGUGCGCGUGAUUCACCCUUACCCUGAACAGCCAUAUAGCCGCGUCAAGACAUACUGUGACCAGACCACGGACGGUGGCGGAUGGACGGUGAUCCAGAGACGCACAAACCUUACCUUCCGGGAAAACUUUAACCGCACUUGGAAGGAAUAUAGGCUGGGAUUCGGUGACAUCGAGGGAGAGUUUUGGUUGGGCCUUGACGCUAUGCACGGAUUGACUGAGACAUCCCUACAGGAGCUACGGAUCGACCUUGAAGACUGGGAGGGAAAUCAUCGGUAUGCUAAGUACAACCUCUUUCACGUCGACGCCCCAGAGACGAUGUAUAUUCUCGCCGUUUCAGGGUACAGCGGCAACGCGGGGGACAGCUUCACUGAUAUGCAUUCAGGCAGCAAAUUCACGACCAUCGAUCAGGAUAACGACGCCGACGGCAGCAUGAACUGUGCAAGGAGGCAUAAAGGAGGCUGGUGGUUCUACGGGUGUCACUCCUGCAAUCUGAACGGUCUGCCGCACCAGGGUGAGCAUGUCUCUGACGGCGACGGAAUCAACUGGGAGAAUUGGCGCGGCUACCAUUACUCCCACCGGCGAGUCUCCAUGAUGACGCGGCCCGCCUUCUGAGCUCUUACGAGGACCGGGCACACGAGCUGAGUCACUACUGAUGCAGUGAAAUGCCUGCCGCGCCGUCACUGAGAGCCUGAAGCUGAUACUGAACCGUUGCUAAUAUUCAGUCAAGUAGUUACAAAUAUGUGUAGUUGAUGCAAAUACUUUUAAAAUAUUCAAAUAGAGGUGUUUGGUAUAAUGGAGGGAAAUGGAAACAACAAAGAAAUAACAGAGUCUUAGGAGCGACCACAAAUAGGCUGUCUAGCCUCUUGUAGUCUUCCCGUAGCUUUGUGCACCCUUGUGUAGAUUACAUUUUCUUUGCUUUACCCGUCAUCUGCUGAGGUAGUUGAAGCUGCACUACAACGAACACACAAAGCUAACAUUGUUUCAUUUGUGCGAGCGAUUAAAUAUAAGAAGCAAAUGUUUUG